CUCCUCCUCCGGUCGGCCGGCCACAUUCCCCGCUACCUUUCACCCCUGAGAAACCCCGAUCUGACGGCGAAGCAGCGCGAGCGAACCUCGGAACAACAUGGCGUCAGGUGUGACAGUGAACGAUGAGGUCAUCAGGGUGUUCAACGACAUGAAGGUGAGGAAGUCUUCGACCCAGGACGAGGUGAAGAAGAGGAAGAAGGCGGUCCUGUUCUGUCUGAGCGAGGACAGGAAGAAGAUCAUCGUGGAGGAGGGGAAGCAGAUCCUGGUGGGGGACAUCGGAGAGACCGUGGACGACCCGUACGCCUGCUUCGUCAAGCUCCUCCCCCUCAACGACUGCAGAUACGGCCUGUACGACGCCACCUACGAGACCAAGGAGUCCAAGAAGGAGGACCUCGUCUUCAUCUUCUGGGCUCCGGAGAGCGCUCCACUGAAGAGCAAGAUGAUCUACGCGAGCUCUAAAGAUGCCAUCAAAAAGAAGUUUACAGGUAUCAAACACGAGUGGCAGGUGAACGGGCUGGACGACAUCCAGGACCGCACCACGCUGGCCGAGAAGCUGGGCGGGAACGUUGUGGUGUCUCUGGAGGGCAAGCCGCUGUGAUGUCAGGGCGGCGAGCCGAGCGGAGCCAAGCCAACCGCCGUGCCAUCCGGACCGAAGCACCUGACCCCACCUGAACACCGCCGCUUCACCCAGCAGCUUGCUCUGUCUGUAUCCAUGUCCUGAAGGAGUUAGCGUCUUUAGGCCUCUUUGUUUUCUUUUUGUUUUUGUUCUUUUUGCUUUUUUUCCAACAUGAAGGAGAUCUCAUUAACAUAAUGAUAUGCAAACACCUCCCAGUUUGUUGCCACAUGACUUCUGUUCACCUGGCAGAAAAAAAACAAACCGACACACUACCAAACCCCAGGAAGGUUGUUUCUCUCUCACAGCCAGAGUUUUGCCAAAAAGUCGAUGUGAAGGAAGCAGCCACAUGUGUCAGAGGCGAGCGACGCGCCGCCAAGCUCCGCCUCCUGCAGCACACGGGUUUUUACAUAUGAUUAUUUAUUAUUGUAAAGUGUUGUUUCUUCUCCAGUAUGUUCAAACCAGGCAGACACAUUGUUAGACUAUGCAUUCAGAAGAGAAGAAGAAGAUUAUUACCCAGCACUUUUUGUUGAAACACUACAGGUUGAGACAGAAAAGAUCCUGACGUCAAAUUCUCUGUGUUUAUGUCGCCACGCUAACGUUUGUUUACCUCAGUUUUCAUUCCUGUUGGACUCACCGUCAUUCUAGCUGUUUGGUCGUCGCCUUACUUUCAGUUUGAAUGUAACCGUCACACCAGAGUUAGUUAGAGUGCACUUUUAUUUUGUAAAGAAACACUACAGGAAGCAGAUUUGACCCCAGCAGUGAGAGACGACCCCACAACAACAACAACAACAACAACAACAACAACAACAACACGACAUCUGGAGCCUUAAAGUGGAACGUUGUUUCUGAGAUCACAGGAAGCCACUUUGCAAUAAAAGCCUGUGGCAGAUCUGA